AUGUCUGUUGCUGACUUUCUCAAGGAUUUACCAUCACGCGACAAAGCUAAUUUCUCGUCUUUCUUGAAGCAGAAUGGAAAGCCGGUGGUGGCUCGUAUUUCUGAACAGUCGGAUGAUGAAAAACGAAUAGUUUUCGAUAUGAAACCACUUUUGCUAAGGUAUUUGCAGUCGAACUGGGGGAAUAGUCCAACCUGUUCAACGUCGAGUGUCCGAUCAGAGCGGAAGCGUACAUCUGAUGUAAGUAGCAACACAACCGACGAAAGUGAAAGUACUACUGGAGCACGUGUAAAAACGAGGCGAAGAGAAUAA